GACCUGUUGGGGUGUGCGUCCGGGCCGGUGGCAGUGCCUGGGGUCAGAGCGCUUCUCUACUCUGGAGUUUCUGACUUAGCUCACUCAUUUUUGAAACUCAGGCAGGGGAGAGCAAGGCAUCACCAGGCCCCUUUCAGCCUGACAGUGACUUGGGGUUUUCCGAGCUAAUAUCCAGGGUCCUACGUCACGCCCACGACACAGGCAGUGUGAGGCAGAGUACCAGAGGUCACCUGGACUCUUUUUCACUCGUCAGUUUUCGAACUGGAAGGGGCUUUGGGGUCAUCAUUCCAGAUCACUUUGCAGAUGAGGAAAACGUUCCACAGAGGGACAGGAAUGGGCUCGGGCCCCCCUGCCGCUCACACUACACUCAGAGCUCCCGCACAUUAGUAGUGAUUGAAGAUGGAUGCACAUGUGGAGACAAAGCCACCCUGUGACUUCCAGCCAUGACCAUCACCACCACCCACCAUUUCAUGAACACCCACUGUGUGCCAGGCACUGUUCUGGAUAUUGUGGGGGGGCACAGAGCUUGCCCUCAGGCAGCUCACAAGUAAUUUGGGUUUUGGAGCUGAAACCCACACAAAUGAAGCGGCAUAAAAAUGGUAACAAGCAGUAUUUCACUAGGAUGGGCUCCAAGAAGAAGGUUCAUGCAUUUGUCCGCGUCAAGCCCACUGAUGACUUCGCUCAUGAGAUGAUCAAAUAUGGCAGUGACAACAAAAGCAUUGAUAUUCACUUGAAAAAAGACACUCGGAGAGGAGUUGUCAAUAACCAGCAGACAGACUGGUCCUUCAGGCUGGAUGGAGUUCUCCAUGACGCCUCCCAGGACUUGGUUUAUGAGACAGUCGCAAAGGAUGUGGUUUCUCAGGCCCUGGAUGGCUACAAUGGCACCAUCAUGUGCUAUGGGCAGACGGGAGCCGGCAAGACAUAUACCAUGACAGGGGCAACUGAGAAUUACAAGCACCGGGGGAUUCUGCCCCGCGCCCUGCAGCAGGUCUUCAGGAUGAUCGAGGAGCGCCCCACCCACGCCAUCACCGUGCGAGUCUCCUACCUGGAAAUCUACAACGAGAGCCUGUUUGAUCUCCUGUCCACUCUACCCUACGUGGGACCCUCUGUCACACCGAUGACCAUUGUAGAAAACCCCCAGGGCAUCUUCAUCAAGGGCCUGUCAGUCCACCUCACCAGCCAGGAGGAGGAUGCCUUCAGCCUCCUCUUUGAGGGAGAAACCAACAGGAUCAUAGCCUCCCACACCCUGAACAAAAACUCGUCCAGGUCGCACUGUAUCUUCACCAUCUACAUGGAGGCGCACUCCCGGACUUUAUCGGAUGAGAAGUACAUCACUUCUAAAAUCAACUUGGUGGACCUGGCAGGCUCUGAGAGGCUGGGGAAGUCAGGGUCUGAGGGCCGCAUCCUGAAGGAAGCCACCUACAUCAACAAGUCGCUGUCCUUCCUGGAGCAGGCCAUCAUCGCCCUUGGGGACCAGAAGCGGGACCACAUCCCUUUCCGCCAGUGCAAACUCACCCACGCCCUGAAGGACUCGCUGGGGGGAAACUGCAAUAUGGUCCUGGUGACUAAUAUCUACGGAGAAGCCGCCCAGCUGGAGGAGACGCUGUCUUCACUACGCUUUGCCAGCAGGAUGAAGCUGGUCACAACUGAGCCUGCCAUCAAUGAAAAGUACGAUGCCGAGCGAAUGGUCAAGAACCUGGAGAAGGAACUGGCACUGCUCAAGCAGGAGCUGGCCAUCCACAACAGUUUGGCCAACCGCCCUCUGGUGACCUACGACCCCAUGGAUGAAAUCCAGAUCGCUGAGAUCAACUCCCAGGUGCGGAGGUACCUGGAAGGGACCCUGGACGAGAUCGACAUAAUCAACCUCAGACAGAUCCAGGAGGUUUUCAACCAGUUCCGAGUGGUUCUGAGCCAACAAGAACAGGAAGUGGAGUCUGCCUUACGCCGGAAGUACACCCUCAUAGACAAGAACGACUUUGCAACCAUUUCUGCCGUCCAGAAGGCAGGGCUUGUGGAUGCUGAUGGCCACCUAGUCGGUGAGUCCGAUGGACAUGGCUUUGGACUCGGGGUCAUCCCUUUCUCUGCCAAGCCUGUGAAGAAAUCCAAGGCCAAGAAGACAUUCAAAGAGCUGAGCGUUUCAUUGAGAAAGGAAGGUGCCAGCAGCCCUGUGAGUGGUAAGGAUCUGGAUGUGAUCUCAACCUCCAAGACCCAGCUGGUCCCACCUGGCAAGGAUGGCGAUGUCAAGGUCAUGCUUUCUCUGGAGAGGGAAACCCUCAGCAUCGAGCCUCCAACCUCAGGCUCCCCGAAGGAGGAAGUCUGCCUAGCCAGGCCCAGCACCCCUCCCUCCAGGACUGUGGCCUUUGAGGAUUUCAAGAAUGAGCGAGGUAGUGAGAUCAACCGCAUCUUCAAAGAAAACAAAUCCAUCCUGAAUGAACGAAGAAAAAGGGCCAGUGAGACCACACAGCGCAUCAAUGCCAUCAAGCGGGAGAUUGAUGUGACCAAGGAGGCCCUGAACUUCCAGAAGUUGCUAAGGGAGAAGCAAGGUGAGUACGAGAACAAGGGGCUGAUGAUCAUCGACGAGGAAGAAUUCCUGCUGAUCCUGAAGCUCAAAGACCUCAAGAAGCAGUACCGCUGCGAGUACCAGGACCUGCGUGACCUCAGGGCCGAGAUCCAGUACUGCCAGCGCCUGGUGGAUCAGUGUCGCCAGCGCCUGCUCAUGGAAUUUGACAUCUGGUACAAUGAGUCCUUUGUUGUCCCCGAGGACACGCAGGUGGCACUGAGGCUGGGCAGCAGCAUCCGACCAGGCAUGGUGCCUGUCAACAGGAUCGUAUCGCUGGGAGAAGAUGAGCAGGACAGGUUCACCCAGCUCCAGCAGACAGUCCUGCCCGAGGAGCCUGAGUCCAUCUCCUUCGUCAACGCCAAAGCCAAAACAGAGCAGAAGCAAAAUUACUUGAAAACCAUGAUGGGCCUCCAGCAGGCUCACAGAAAAUAGUCUCAUCACCAGUCCCUGGAGUUGAGGUUCCCUCAACUCUAACCUGCUGUAGUGGAGCUGCUGAACCACCUGCUGGGAGCUACUGCCUCCUGCCGUGCCGUGCCGGGAAGAGCAUCCUCCAGGACACACCCUUGCUCACCUCCACCGAAUACGUUCAGUUUUGAUUCAUUGUCUUACAUGCACAGACAGGAUAAAAUUACUUUCUAGUUUGGACUUUUUAGUGCUAAUUGAAGAACUGUGUUUCAUUUCCUAUCUGAAAGGACAUUCUUCCCUACGUACCAGAGGGGUUAGAACUGAGUUUCCAGUAGGAAGCAAAAGAGUAGCUCAGCCAGCAGCCUUUCUCCCUCUGCAGCCUCUUUCCUCUCCCAGAUGGAUGCCCGGGGGAGUGCUUGGUCUGAAGCUCCCUGCGUCCCAUGGUACCCCCGGGUCAUCUCUAGGGGCAUUGUGUCUGUGUCCUAAGCCAGGGAAGGCAGCAGCAGACUCUCCUGCCUUGGCAACCAGCAUAGGACCUGCUCUGGGCAGUGACCCUGGAGAGGAAUGAGGUCCACAUGCCAGGCAGCGGGUGAGCAGUGUCUGGAGCACCUGCCCUCCUUCCCCAGCACACGUGUGGCCUAAGCGUCAGAGUCUUUCUCUGUCUUCCUCCUGUUUGCUCCAUCUCAGUGUGUGACUGCAGAUAAACACAAGGGACACAGGCCAGGUUACCCUGGAUAGGAAAAGGGGUGACUGCUGAGGCUGAGCAAGGAAGAGGAGACGCUGUUCUUUGUUCAAGUUCUCAGAUGUAGCUCUGCGCUUGGUCAUACAAAAGGAAAAGAGCUUAAUAACUGCUUUGCUCUGAGGACAAAGUGCAGGUUUCUAGGGGUUUCGGAAGCAUCCUAGGUUGGGAAUUGUGGUCUCCACCAAGUGAGAAGUUUCAGGAAUCUUUCCUGAAAAGUUACCUUGGAGUCUUUCCUCUCUUGCCCACUUCUGUUCUUUGGGGGCAGGGCCUUGGCCUGGAGCCCUCUCUGAAUGCUCCAUCCAUGUGACGUCCUCCACAAGCCCUCCAUGCUGCUGGGAUUGGGAACAAGAAGAGGCCCUGGUCACCUGGCAGCCCUAUUGUGGGACGCUGUGAGAGAGAAGAUCCCAGGUCACAGCUGGUGGGUGACAUCUAGCUCAAGGACCACUUUAUAUGGGGAAAGCAUGAAGGAGCCCAGUCUUCUGGGGUGAGGAGAGGUUGCUACAUGGAAGGGGAGCAAGGGGACAUAUUUGGUGUGGCCCCCAAAUGCCAGCUAGGGACACACGUUACCAAUCAGGAGCAGGCAGUUUACCAAAAGGUGGAAAUGUCUGAAAGGCAAAUUGUCAUCUAAAAUAAGAAGAGGCUUGAAAUGAGAACAGUCCUGGCGUGAAAUUAGUAGCGAGAACCUCUCAGCUGUAGGCCAUCUGGCAAGGGGGUUGCACGUGGUGAAAGGUUCAGCUGAAUAACCCCAUGAUCUGUCCUUCACCCAUCAGUGAGCAGACGGGCGUGGGUUUUGUAAAACGAGAGGGCUUUCCCAUUCCUGUCCCACCACUUUUCCCCCAAACUGACUAUGGUCCUCAAACAGCUCUCGGAGACUCUGGGCCAAAGGUCCUGAUUGCUUCCCUUCCUUGCUGCUUCUACCCUUCCUAGGACUAUUUGGGGUUCUUAGGUCUUUGAGGGAUUUUUCAGGAAAUGGGGCAUAGAAAAUAGGGUUAUAUCUUCUCUCUGUUAGGACCACAGUGAGCAGUUGUUUGUAGAGUCUCAAUCUCUCUUCCCUCCAGUUCCUAGCAGUGGCCGGCGAGGCCUGGCCUUGCUGGACAUCCUGUCCUUCAGAGUCCUGAGCAGGCCUGAGACUUGCAGCUAGGUCCAGCUGGGCCUUGUAAUGGCAGCCGGUGCUGGCUGCUGUCUCGGGUUCACCUGUCAUCACACAGACCUCUCCCAUCAGUCUGCACUAACUAAAACAAGUGAUUAUCAGGGUGGGUGGAGCCACGGAAAUAAACAGGGAUCAUGCUGAGGACAUCACUGUCCACUUCUCAGGACAGGAAGGUAGAAGGCAUGGGAUCACUAGGCUUGUCAUUCCAGAAGACUGCCUCUUCUGGGCUGAUUCAACCAUCCAAAUUGCAUCUGAAAGGCUGGGCGUGGUGGCUCACGCUUGUAAUCCCAGCACUCGGGAG